AUGGCUUUGAUGCCUGUAAAAUUUGACUUGGCCAAGCGAGUCAAGCUGGCCCAAGGACUUUGGCUACUGUACUGGCUUUCUGUCAUGGCUGGGAUCCUCAUCUUCAGCACGGGCAUCUUCUUCAAGAUAGAGCUGCGUAAAAGAAGUGAGAUGAUGGAUAACAACGAGAGCCAUUUUGUACCCAACCUUCUCAUUCUGGUGGGACUUGUGGCGUGUGGUGUCAACACUUUUGGGGGAAAAGUGUGCCAUGAUUCCCUUGACACAGUCAAGUUCACCAAAUGGAAAACUAUGCUGAAGGCCUACAUGAGUGGAUGUGUGAUAUUCUGCAUUGCCCUCUUUGUCACGGCUCUGCUGUGUUUCUUGAUGCAGAUCUCUCUGCACUUUGCCCUGGCUGAAGGCCUGAAGAAUGGAAUGAAGUAUUACAAAGACACCGACACACCUGGACGGUGCUUCAUGAAGAGAACCCUGGAUAUGACCCAGAUUGAGUUUCGCUGCUGUGGCAACAACAACUACAAGGAUUGGUUUGAGAUCCAAUGGAUUAGCAACCGUUACUUGGACUUCAGCAAUGAUGAAAUUAAAGACCGUGUCCAGAGCAAUGUGGAAGGCAAAUUCUUAAUGGACAGCGUUCCCUUCAGCUGCUGCAACCCUGGCUCCCCUCGGCCCUGCAUCCAACACCACCUGACCAACAACUCCGCUCACUACAGCUAUGACCACCACACAGAGGACCUCAACGUCUGGACCAAAGGUUGUCGUGAGGCCCUGUUGUCCUACUAUGGGGGCAUGAUGAACAGUAUUGGUGCUUUUGUGCUGCUGUUCAUUAUUAUGCAGGCUGUCGUGACUGUUGGCUUGCAAUACCUGAGUACCUCACUGGAAACCCUGACAGACCCAGAGAAUCCCGAGAGUGAAAGUGAGGGUUGGUUGCUGGAGAAGAGUCUGAAGGAGACACUUUCAGAUCUCAUGACCAAGAUCAAGUCUCCGUUUAAAGGCAGCCAGGUAGAGGAGGGAGAUGCAGAAGCAGCUCCUACAUAA